AUGAAGAAAGCCUUUGUCUUCCUUGGUCUUCUUGCUGCUAUCACGCUAGUCGCAGCUGAAGCUCCUGGUGCCCAGGCCGCUUUUAAGAAGUCCGGAGAGAAUGUUGCUAUCCCUGAGAACUUUGCGUUCGAUUCCAAGCCUAUUCUUCAGGGCGAAAAGCACCAAUUUCAGACGGAGGUCUCACGUUUGAUGAAAAUUGUCAUCAACUCACUUUACAAGACACCAGAGAUUUUCUUGCGAGAGCUCAUCUCCAACGGAUCUGAUGCCUUGGACAAGAUUCGUUUCAAAUCUCUCACCGACCCAACGGCGUUGGAGUCUAAUCCUAAUCUCAAUGUGACUAUUGGCCUGGACAAACAAAGACGGAUCAUCACUAUUACUGACACUGGUAUUGGUAUGACCAAGGAAGACUUACAGAAAAACCUCGGAACUAUUGCAAAGGUAACGUGA